AGCAAAAAUCUAGUACGUCAAUUGAAAAUCCGACAUUUGCGAGUUUGUGAAAAACACCUUUUUUUAAUGCGCUAUUUUCUCGUGGAAAAACACGCGAUACACCCGUAAAUUUCAGUGAAAAGUGAACAUAAGUGUGCAGAAAAGCGAAAAUAUGUUAGCUGUGGGAGAUACACAGACGGGAAUUCCGGCAUUUCUCCAGAAACUCUUCCGUCUGGUUGAGGAUCCAACUACAAAUGAUUUAAUUUCAUGGAGACCGGAUGGCCUGAGUUUUGUGAUAAAGAAUCAAUCAAAAUUCUCAAGUGAACUCUUGCCCCUCAACUACAAACACAACAAUAUGGCCAGUUUUAUUCGUCAACUCAACAUGUAUGGUUUCCACAAAGUGGCCUCUAUUGAGAAUGGCGGUCUACGAUUCAGCAAAGAUGAAAUGGAAUUUUCUCAUCCGGAUUUCAGGCGUGGAGAAUAUCCACUGUUGAAUAAUAUCAAAAGGAAAAUUGCAGCAGCAAAAACGGCCACUGUAGAUUCCAAGAAGGUUGCGCCAGAGUCCAUUAAUCGGGUUCUGACGGAGGUGAAAGCCAUUCGGGGAAAACAGGAUUCCCUGGAUUCUAGGUUCUCAACCAUGAAGCAAGAGAAUGAGGCUCUGUGGAGGGAGUUGGUAGUUUUGAGGCAGAAACACAUCAAACAGCAACAGAUAGUCAACAAGCUAAUUCAAUUCCUUGUGACAAUUGUUCAACCGUCGAGGGGUGGCCUGAAGAAUAUGAAUGGUGUCAAGAGGCGCUAUCAGCUUAUGAUAAGCGAUGAACCUCAAUCAUCGGAGACAAAAGAACGUACAGAGAAAUCAGGACCGGUUAUUCAGGAGUAUUUUGACGAAGAUAGCAUUGACAAUUUCCUCACGUGUGAAAAUGCCGGUACAGAAGCCACUGUACCGGAAGAAAUUGAUGAAGAUGACCCAGAAGAUUUUGAUAAUGAUGUUCCAGCGUACAGUGUCGAUGUGAGUCGUGUGAUUGAGGAGAGACUUGGAGAUGAAUCUCCAAAGGCCACUACAGUGUCCACGGAGAAAGAUGACAAUCUCAAAUUGUUGCCCGUACAUGUGUCCAAGAAACCCAAACUCUCUCUCAAUACCCAACUGCCGGACUUGUCCACGCAGUCAUUGGAUGUUGACCUCAAUUUGCUCAAUACGCCUAUUGUUGAGUCUCCAUCCAAACAAGAAAAAACACUCAAGUGGUAUGGCAGUAAGCAGGAAGACUUUUUCACGGACACCAUUCCCGAAGACCUUCUGGCAAAUCCUUUUGUGGACACAGAAGCUGGAUCAUCUUCAGCAGCACCAGCCGAAGGACAAUGGACUACGGCUGAUAAUAAUUUGGCUUUGGCAAAAUACAGCAGGAAGACCAAUCCGCAGGAUAUCUACAACCUCAAUACCCCUCCGAGUUUUCUUCACAGGGAGCAAUUUGAUUAUCACUUGGAGAAUGUACAGCAGGAUCUCGACAGUCUGCAAGAGAUGCUCAAUGGUGAGGGCUAUACACUGGAUAUCAACCCAUUAGAUGGACUAUUUGGUGAUUCAUCGGAGAUCCUAUCGUAUCCUCUGGAUGCUGCUGCGGCUGCGGCAACAACUGAAGAAGCCGAUGGAGCUACACCAAAAAAGUCACAGGAAAAUGUGAUAAAUUGAUUGGAUUUCUGGUGCAGGAGGAACUAUAAAAAAGAAAUGUUGAAAGAAAUGUGCGAUACACCAUUGCAAAUUAUUUUAUUGAUUUACACGGCAAAGGACCUCAAUUCUGUGAGUUAAAACAUUAUUUUAAAAUUCGAAAAAAAACUUGUUCGUAAGUAGUUUUUUUUUAAUAUGCUUCUGAAAUAAUCUUUUAAAGUUUUGUAUAAAUCUUCUGAAGUGAAUGAAAAAAAUAAAAUAAUAUAAUUAUUCUUGAUUAACAAAAAAAAUGUAAAUAUACUAAGGAUUUACUUGAGGAUUAAAAGAAAAUCUAAGUCUUGUAGUUUUA